UCCUGGUCCUGGCUCUAGUUGAUCUCUCUCUCUCUCUCUCUCUACACCAAUGAAGAGGGACAAACUAGAACGCCUAACACCUUCAGGUUCCAGGCUCUUCAAUUUCGGAUCGUGUCACCAUAGCAUUAUCAUUUAUUUGCUCAUCUUGGGAUCCGUUUUAGUCAUUGGAAUUUCAGUCAGUUUCUACACGAGAGAUUUUCCCGUAAAAUUUCUGCAAAAACAGUUCGCCGUCCAAUUCUUUCUUGCUGCCCCACCGCCACCUCAAAUCCUGCCGGAAAAGCCGCUUCUUCCACCGCCCCCGCUGCCACCCGAAAAUUUGUCAGCAGAACAAAAUCAAACAAUAGAGCCAACCUCUCAAAUUUUUCCAACAAUGACAGACCCUGUACCAACAGCAACUGAUCCUCACACAAACGACGAGCCGAAAACGGCCGGCCCGCGAAUCGGGUUGAAGGAGUAUUUGAAACCGCCGGAAGCCAUGCACGACAUGAACGACAAGGAGCUGAUGUGGAGAGCUUCAAUGGCUCCUCGGAUUCGACAAUUUCCGUUCAAUCGGACUCGGAAGGUUGCAUUCAUGUUUCUGACGAGAGGGUAUUUGCCGUUGGCUCGUCUGUGGGAGAGAUUCUUCGAAGGGAACGAAGGUUUUUUCUCCAUUUACGUGCAUGCGUUGCCAUCUUUCAAUGGAACAGUGUCCGAAGAAUCUGUGUUUCAGGGACGAAGAAUCCCAAGUAAGGAAGCAGAAUGGGGGAAGGCAAACAUGGUGGAGGCGGAGCGCCGGCUACUAGCGAACGCAUUGCUCGACUUCUCAAACGAAUGGUUUGUACUUCUCUCAGAAGCAUGCAUUCCCCUUUUCAACUUCUCCACCGUCUACUCCUACUUGAUGAGCUCUACCAAAACCUUCGUGGAGCUCUACGAUAUGCCGGGCCCAGUGGGCCGCGGCCGCUACAACCGCAAAAUGCGGCCCGCCAUUUCCCUCCGGCAAUGGCGAAAGGGUUCCCAGUGGUUCCAGAUCGACCGUGACCUCGCUCUCGAAGUCGUCUCCGACCAAAAAUACUUCCCGGUGUUCAAAAAGCACUGCAAGCCGCCAUGCUACUCCGACGAACACUACUUGCCAACGUUGAUCAGCAUCAAGUCCCGGAGGAAGAAUUCGAACAGGACUUUGACGUGGGUUGAUUGGUCCAAAGGUGGGCCUCAUCCCGCUAAGUUUUACAGAACGGAGGUUACGCCAGAGUUGUUGAACAAGAUGAGGAGAAGCGAAGAGGAGUGUUUGUACAAUGGGGAGUUGACCAGUGUGUGCUACAUGUUUGCGAGGAAGUUCUUGCCUAGCACCCUUAGUAGACUCUUGUUGUUUGCUCCAGAUGUGCUCAAGUUCUAAGCUAGCUAGAACUAGCCCUAUCAAGCUAGCUACUUGUAGCUUUAGAUUUCAGUCUUCUUUACUUUUAUUUCUUUGGUUUAUUAGCCAUAAUGUACACAUGCUAAUUCUUUUUACUUUAA